UUGGUCCGGCCCAAGAAAAUGACUGGUCCGCUCUGUCUCCCGACGCUCGAUUUCCCCCCCUCGAGGGUUUCCUCCGCCGCCAGGUUGCAGCCCCUGCGUCGCCCGUACCUCUCCUACUCCCUCCGACGACCGGCGCCAUCCCCGCCACCCCGCAGGAGCCGGCGAGCGCGGCCCCACGCUCCCAUCUCGCCGGCACAAGCAUUCAUCCGUCCCGCCCCCUCCCCCUCCCGACGGCCCCGACGCGCCCAUCCCGCCGGCCACCCCCUUCCUCCGCCGUCCCCAACGAGCCGAUCCCGCCGGUCGCAGCUCUUCUUGCACCGCUUCCUGAUGGCGUCAUGCGAAACCUUGAGGGCAAGACCUCAGAGAUAUUUCCCCCAGAUUUGUCUGACAUAUGACCAUAUGGAGCAUAUGGUGAAGUUUCAUGGCCGGACUGCUGGUCUCAAGAGGUCUGAAGAAGUGGAGGACUAUUUUGAUAUUCAGUUUCUAACUGCUGAAGACGCCAACCGUGCCUUUAACCAUCUCAAGGGCAAGGUACCAAACAUGGAGUUCAGUUGGGCGCCGAGGAACAUUAUCAAAGACAAGCCACCAACUGGAGUGGUGGAUACUUCAUUCGUCCCACCAAAAUGUGAUCUCGAUUGCUUUAGUGAGCUGCCUUCCCUGCCCAUUCCUGCCAAUCAGCCAUUCCCCACAUUCUGGAAGUUGCCGCCUCCACAGCAUAAACGGAAGAGAGGUCGACAGUCUCCAGAGCCUCCACGUUCCGCAGAGCGGUAUCCCCCAAGUAGUGUUCAGAUGGAUGAAGUCGACCCACGCCCUCCAUUCACAGCGCGCUACUGGGCGCAACUUCGUCCGAUAUACAGUACCAACAUAUGAGUGAGUGGCUAGGAGGGUGCCGAUGGACAUGAUUUAGUAGCUGUACUAAUCAUGAUUUCUCUUGAUAUGGGGGCACCCGUUCCAAGCAUUCAUUUUUUUUUUUGGUAGGACAGGGAUUUGGAUGGAACCUCUGGUUAGCCUAGAAGACAGAACAAAAGUUUUUGCUGAGCAAACUAUGUGCAUUGGAUCCACGUGAUGCUCAUUCUUCCACAAGAACCCCAAGUGAACUUUUUGUAGGCCAAAGCUGGAUGACAAAGGUCGAAGGAACAUAUGUCAUUUUUUUUGAGAAUCACACAAACCUGAUCAAACAGGCUGGGUACAAUCUUUACUCAGAGUCUCUCUAAGCUCAUUUGGCACAUCCGCCAACUUAAAAAGUCUGCCCAGUCUAGAUGCACGAGCAGCCAGGUCAUUGGCCAGCUUGUUUUGGUUCCUCUUCACGUAGGCACUCUUGUGAGAACUGAAAAUGUUCAAUGUUGAGUUGAUGUUAGCUAUGAUUGGAAAGAGGCUUGAUUGAUUGGCAGCACCUGGGUUGAUCGCCUUGACCAAGGUCAUGUAAUCGAGCUCCACCUGAAUUGGUCCAUUAUAAUAUUUCGUCGACGCUUGCAACCCA